UCCGGUAGUAUCUUUGGUUCAGUUGUCCGGGAAACCCGCCAUGCAGCAGCACUUCGUCUAAAACCAACACAUUUCCGAGGAGAGGCGCUUGUAUCUUUGCUUACAUGCCUGAGCCCCGGCGUGCUUAGCUCAGCGAGACAGAUGACAGGCUAGCCGGCCGAGAGAAUAUAGGAAACAAGUAACGUUAGCUAGCUUAAGCGGUGUCGAGCCCCGGUUGAACGUUAUAAUUAACGUUAGGCGGACGUUCGCUAAAAUCCAACAUGACCCAACAAGCUGCUGCUCUGCAGACCUACAACAAUGAGCUCGUCAAGUGUAUUGAAGACCUGUGCUCUAAGCGGGAGGAGUUGAACCGGCAGAUCAAGCAGGAGGAAGAGGAGAAGGAUCGACUGCAGCACGACAUCCGCAUCCUCUCAGAGAAGCUGAGCAGAGUCAAUGAGAGCCUGGCACAAAGACUCGCCGCCCGCGCCACUUUCGACCGCACCAUCGCAGAGACCGAGGCUGCAUACACCAAGAUUUUAGAGAGUUCCCAGUCUCUUCUGAGUGUUCUGAAGCAGGAGGCAGGAAACCUCAGUAAAGCCACAGAGCCCCGGAGGAAGGAUCACUAAUGGCAGUGAAAGGUCACUGAACUCUCUCGUAUUGACGACAAGAGCACACUUGACACUGCACUUAACAGUUUAUACUCCACUCUGGACUAUUUGUAAUAUAUUUGACUGAUUUAUUAUAAGUACCUUAUUCUAAUAAAUGUGUUCUUAUCACUCCGAA